CUUUUAUUGAUCCCACACUUUUGAUUUCAAUAUCAAGAUCUCAUGUAAUGGUUCAUUCCGAAACGCAACUCUCGUCCAAAACUCACUUUGUCAUCAACUCCCAUGAUGAUCAGUGCGCCAGUGUUGGGACUUUGAGCAAAGUCUUUAACCUUUAACUGCUUGUGUUGUGCCCUGGAUAAUAAUACAGUAUUUGCGAAACAGAAAAAUGUAAGGAGACAAUUUCUGAACACCCAAUGCUUAAUGUGUUGAACAGGAAAAGUAUUUAAGCCAUUACAUAUGGAUCACGUUUAAUAAACUAUUCUGAUUUUAACUCCAAUAACUAAGUCAUUUGAAUUUUGUCUUGUAUCUGAAAAUAUUCAAUUACUGUAUUGAUGUGAACCAAAUAUAAUGUAUGUGUAGAUACCCAUCACUUUUAGAUGAAGGACAUUUUUUUCCUAUAUUUGUAUGUUUAUUCGUAAUUGUUAUUUAUUUAUCCAUUCAUUCAUUUAUUUAGAUUAUAUAUCAGAGCCCCUUUGUCUCCUUACCCAUUCUCCAUCAAAGAUUGCUUUUUAGUUGGCUUAAAGCGUUCCUUACUUCUCAGUACUACAGUUAAGAGGCAAAUGUUUACAUUGUAAGGGUGGCUGGAGCAAGAUCAUGAACAUUAAAUGAGCAGUGUACAAAGUCAGUGUCGCAUGUUAAGACCUGUUUGUUUAGGCAACUGAGACAUGCAUGGUAGGCUGAUUGGCAUAUGCAAAGUGUCCGUAGUGUCUGAAUGGACGUGUGUAUGUGAUUGUGCCCUGCGAUGGAUUGGCACCCUGUCCACGGUGUACCCUGCCUUGUGCCCCAUGCUCCCUGGGAUGGCGGUCCUGAAGGAGAUGGAUGGAAGGAUUGAGGUAUUUAAAUGAUAUUCCUUGGGAUGUUUGCUUGUAUUUCCUCAUUUGUUGCGUUUGAUGCAAUGUAAAUGUAAAAUGUUUGACAUACAGUGAAUGAUUUUUAUACUUUGAGAUCUUUAUACUGUUAUUGUACACUUUCUUACAAAUGUGUAUUUGUUCAGACGUUUUUUCCAUCUACAAAAGUAUAUUUGCAUUGUAGCCAAUGCAACUUAAGCAAGGGAGGCAGAAUACAGUGUAAGGUCCCAACAGAGGCAGCCAGGAUUUCAACUCAGUACCUGCCAGGCAAUAGGAUACAAUCUUAACCAUGGCCUAAAAGCCUGAGCCGGAGAACGCACAUGCUAAGUGAUCACUUCACCCUUUGAGCUAAAGUGUUUCUUUUAAGAAGAAGCUGAAGUGAGCUAAUAAAGGAUAACUUAUUACACUUACAUAAUAUGAAAGUGAGCUGAGAGAGCGAGAGAGAGGGAGAGAGCAGACUGAGAUAGAUCACAGAUAAUAGCUAUCCAAAGGUCAGUUAGCAAGACGGAAUACUUUACUGGAUUGCUAAGGAACAGUGUGUGUGUCUGUAAUAACACCGUUAAUGAUCAAGCAGCUCUCUGAGCUCAUGUGGCACAGAACUUUAUUUGCCUAGUUUGUUGCACAAUAUUAAUAUUGAAUAUUUUAUUUACAAGUUUUUGGGAGAAGAACUUUAAAACAGAGAGCCACACGGACUACACUACCGGACUAUAACUAAGUUAUCUUCCAUAUGUCAGUGAUGUAAUGGCAACGGAUGGUGGCUGUUAGUGUAUGUGUGGGCACAGCCUUCGUCCCAGAGAGACGGAAGCAAACAAGGGACAAAAAGGAAACCACAGAAUAGAGUGAAAGUAGGGAUCACUGAGACUUCACGUCACCCUGCUGGUUAGAAGAUACAGUGAUGGAUUCCACCCCAGGAGAAGUGAGUGGAAACACUGAGGAUGUCGCAGGGAGGAAGAAGUCAAGAUUCAAGUUCCUCAAAGUCCGUCUUUUUGGGCGUCUGAAGAAAAAGGAGUCUGGAGGACGGAUGAAGCAGAGCCAGUCUGCUGGUGAUGUUACUGCACAGGAGGAAGGGAGAGGCGAGGAUGACUCAGAGGAUGACUGUCACUAUCCAGAGGCGACAUUAAGCUCCAGGGCAUUGUCUCAUGACAGCAUCUUCCUGGCUGAUCAGAUCCAGUCCUCACAGCCAGCGCGGGUUCUCUCGCAGGAGAAUGUUCACAGCAAUAUUAAAGCUCUGCAGUUGAAGCUACAGCAACAGAACAUGCGACUGGCUCCUCCAUUGUUGAUUCCUGGAAAGCGAAUGGAAGACUCUGGAACAACUUCCGAGGAUGAUGGCUUACCUUGUAGUCCACCUGAAAUGUCCUUCCAAGAGGUAGCCAUGCGAAGAGGAGCCUCUAAGUAUCCUCAGGCUAAAAACCACAGCUGGUUAAGUUUAGCAGGAACAGGCAGUGAAGAGGAAGAGCAGGGUGGUUUAUCACAACCCUCAUCAAGACCACUUUCUCCAGUCCCUCAACUGUCGCCAGCAGAAUCACCCUCUGUUGGUGUGGAUUUCACAAGCCCCGCCCAGUAUGUUCCCACGUUAGACAAUUCAGCCGCUCGUCAUCGCAUGUAUGUCAAGCCCAGGAAUCAACGAGCUAGCACCAAAGGGAAAAAACCACCUUUUCUGUACCGUCCUCGGUCCAGCAGUACAAACAGCCUGGAUCAGACGCUUUCAGAGAACAAAGAGACACAGCAAAGUGUCACACCUGCGCAGAUCAUGCACCAGUACUCCUACGCCUCUGAAGAUUCAACCCAAGCUGAGGAACCUGUAUCACUUCCCUCCAGUCCACACUUACAGAAAGAACCAGAGAAACUGACAUCAUUGGAUGGCCGCCCAUGGAGUCCAUUAAACAGCAAUAACGAAACUACAGAGCCGUUCCAACAUGAGGACAGAACCAACACCACGUCAUUUGUGUCCUCUGAUGACCCGCUUGCCUCAAACGGCACCAGAGAACCUCUGGCAAAAGAACUUUCAAAUGAUAACCAGUACACAAAUAAGAUUAAUGAUAAUGAAGUGCAUCAGGUCAGUACUUCUUUAAUACCACUGUCCAUUUGUCCAGAGGAUAUAGCAGGUUAUUAUAAAAUAAAAGAAGGAACUGAUGAUAGCUUGGCUGCAAGUAGCACAGAUCAAAUGGAGUCAUUGGAAACAACUACAGAUGUGAAUGUUUCUAAACCACCAGAAAGCAUAACUAGACCCCAUCCUGUUCCUGUACCACGCAACAAAAAGCCAACCUUAUCAAACUUAAAUAACAGCCCUCUGGAUAAAGUAUCAAGUGGGAAACCUCAUGAGGUUGAAAAGGAGAUUGCAUCAUCUUCAGGCCUGGCUGAAUCACCAAGAGAAUUCGAUAAACCACUAAGACCGUCCUCGUUUCGUUUUAACAUCGCGUCUGCAAAAUAUCGCUCCAAGACAAGUGACGAGACGGUGGCUAAGCAGGAUGAAGAAAACUCUGGUAACACACAGAAGAGCCAAGCCUACAACCAAAACCUGGCAGUACAAAUGGAAAAAGUGGAAAACACAAAAUCCACUGAGGUUUGCAGAAAUACUCCCUCAACUCCAGAUAAAAGAAGUAGUUUGUGGAGGGAAGUAAUAGGCCAAAAUAUCUCCAAGACAGGAGCUGGUGACAAUCCUGAAAAGUCUGAGGGAUGCUCACAGAACACAGAAAUUGUACAAAGCGACAAAGCUGAGGAAUCCGAGGACAGAAGAGGUCUUUUUGGGGUUAAGCUGCGAAGCACAUCUCUGUCUCUAAAGUAUCGCUCUGAGCUACCCAAAUUAGAGGCCGAAAUGAAGCGACAUAGUCUGGAAGGCCAUCGUGUUCAAGCAGUAAAGGAACCAGUUUCCAGUGACGUGGAAGCAGUCGGUAGUGACAGAAAAGCAAAUGUUCUGACAAAUCCUGCACCACAGAGCUUGGAUUCACAACGAGAUCCAACUUUAGACAAAGGCAGUGAAACAGACAGCAGACCUGAACCAACAUGGAGGAGUCUCACCCAAGAAAAGACUAGAGUCCACCAGUCCUUCUCCACUAAAACAUCUCCUCAGCUAGCUCCACCACCAAAUUCAACAUCUUUAUCUACACCUCAAUCCUGCUCCACUCAAGCAAUUUCAAAACCAUCCCUGCAGCCUAAACCACUCUUACCACCCACCAGCAAACCCCAAGCAGUCAACCAAUCAUCACAGCAAAUUCCACCUAAAAUGGCUCCUAGGGCAAUGGAAAGAUGGGCCAUGUCCAGUCAGAGAGAAGAACAGAGUUCUGUGAGCCAGUCAACACACAGAGAUGAAUUAUUGGAUUUUAAGGGACAAUCAAAACUUGGAGCCAAAAGUAACAACCAAACAGAGCCUGAUCAGCAGCCUCCAUCAGACAGCGCACAGCCGACUUGGAUGGAACUUGCCAAGAGAAAGUCUCUUGCCUGGAGCGACAAGACCUUAAAUUCUAUAAAUUUUUAAUUAUGUAAAUACUUUCAGAAUGCACAUGGACAAUUGACAAAAUACAUAUUUUUUUUGGAAAACACAGACUGGUUAAAUAUGCUAGAUAUGCAAAAUUACCAAGCCUUGUCAAAUAGUGAAAUCUAAAAUACUUAAAAUAUACUGAAAACAGAAUUGUUUUUCCAAUACACAGUUUAAUAGACUGGAACAUUGAUAAAAUUGAUUUACACUGUAAUGGAAAAUCUUAAAUUCACAUAUUAACAUUACUAUUAUAUUAUGUUGUUUUAUUUGUAUGUUAUCCCAAAUUCAUUCCUUUGCAGUAUCAAAUAAACCCAUCAAUUUAACUGGUUUAGAUAAUCAAAAAAUGAAGAGGCAAAGCAUCAGUAUUUAAAAAAUAUUCUUGUUUGAUGAUGAGCAAAAACAUAGCACAUUAUCAUCCUCUCUUAUUGUAUUGUUUUAUUACAAUUUUCUCUUAAUUGGAAAAUGUGCAUAUCUAAAUGACCCGCAUUUCCUGGUGUGUCACCUUCCACAAUUAUCAUAAAUGUUUCAUGUAAAUUAGUUCAUUAACACACAGACUUGGUGUGUCCUAUUCAGUGUUGAGCGACUGACAGUGACAACAAAAGGGAAUUUUCAUUAUCUAAGAUUGAGGCACGAAAAAGAUGAUGUUUGGUGGCCCUAGUAGUGACAGAAAUUCACUUAGCUGCAACAUGUACAGUAGCAGUGGCAGCUAAUUUUGUUGCAGUGCUGGUGCCAAAGUGAAAAAACAACAAGGCAACUUUGCAUAAGUGUAACAGAGCUUCAGUACAUGCAAAUAGGCCUAUUUCUGAGUUGACCUAUAUCCAAGUCAUGUUUACAAUUUCCAUGAUAUUGAAGCUUACGAUCUAUAUUUUAGUACGAGCCUCCCAUGUUCCUGAUUGGGGUUUCUGAAAUUAUUUUUGAUAAUGGAGUUAUUAGAGUUGUUUAGUACGUAUUCUGGUUAACACGAGAGUAAAAGCAUGUGAGAUCAACUAUUACCUUUUCCUUAUAUGCAAAAUGUUUAGUCUGAAAAAACUGCUACAGUUGUACAUCACCACAGAGGUGAAUUUAAUUGUGAAUGCAGGAGAUUUAUCAGUAACUCAGUAAUGCUUAUGCUUAUGCACCAAACAAGUAGGUUUUAUUAAACAAGCAUAUACAUAUA